AUGCAGAGCAAGAUCAAUGGGGAGAUGCCAACGGUACAAGGAGCGAAGAUGAGUGAGGAAUAUGCGCUUGCGACGCUGGCGAUCCACGCAGACGAUGCUGUCAACGUCCUCACAGAUGUUGCGCCGCCCAUGCAUGUUAGCACGACGUUCAGGUACAACAACUCGGCUCUGAAUCCGGUGGGGGAUGACGAGCUCGACCCGAUCGGAAACGUCCACGUCUACUCUCGCCUCGCUGGGCCGAACACAACACGCUUCGAAGCUAUACUAUCCGCUCUCCUUGGUGGCUACGCCAUCACCUACUCCAGCGGCCUGGGUGCCUUCCACGCCAUGCUCGUUUUUCUGAGGCCGAAGGUCAUAGCCAUCUCAGAUGGAUACCAUGGGUGUCACGGUGUGGUUGCGAUACUGCAGAAGCUGUACGGGUUGAAGAAGGUCAGUCUGUGGGACGAGAAGGAGUGGGACGAGGCAGGCCUUGGACCAGGAGAUGUUGUACACGUGGAGACGCCGCUGAAUCCGACCGGGGAGGCCAUCAAUCUGGAAUACUUCAGAGAGAAGGCGAGACGGAGGGGCGCAUAUUUGACGGUGGAUUCGACGUUUGCCCCGCCGCCUUUGCAGAAUCCGUUCGUGCAGGGCGUGGAUAUCAUCAUGCAUUCAGGGACGAAAUACUUUGGCGGGCAUAGCGAUAUGCUGUGCGGAGUUUUGGUGGUGCGGAAAGAGAAGAAGGACUGGCUGAGCGGGCUUUGGAAUGAGAGGAUGUAUAUUGGCGGCGUGACUGGAAGCCUGGAAAGCUGGCUGGGCGUUCGGAGUCUCAGGACCUUCGACCUUCGGCUAGGCCGGCAAAGCAAGAAUUGCGAGCUCAUAGUCCGGUGGCUAGAUUCCUGCCUCAAGGGCACGGGAGGAGACGCGGAGGCUGUCCAAAAGACAGUGGACCGGAUACAGCACGCCUCUCUGCAGACAAAGGACAUGGAAUGGAUCAAGAGACAGAUGCCGGGAGGCUUUGGUCCUGUCUUUACAAUCUGGAUGAAGAACAAGAAUUUGGCAAAGGCAUUACCCGGGAAGUUGAAGCUGUUCCAUCAUGCGACUAGCCUGGGAGGAGUAGAGAGCCUGAUUGAGUGGAGGAGAAUGAGCGAUGACACUGUUGAUGAGAGGGUAGAGAGGGUUAGCGUCGGGGUGGAGAAUUGGGAGGAUUUAAGGGAUGAUCUGUUAAAUGCAUUUAAGGAGCUCGCGAGAACUGUGUAA